AUGCUCUUCUCGCCCGACGUGUUAAUGCCCAGUGGGCCUCCACCGCAAGCGGUGCUGGACCAGAGAUGGCUGUGGCAGGUGUUGCUCCUGUUCUUGGGCAUCACCUUCGCGCUGCGCCUCAUCGGGCUCGACAUCGCCGGAGCGCUCCUGAGCGGACUCAUGCUCUGCUUUGGUGUCAUCAUGACGCGCGAUGGCAUGCAGGAGAUCGCCAAGUACGCCCUGGUGUACGCGGUGCUGUGUGGCCUGAACUUCUUCUUCGACAUUUUGCCACUCAUCACGGAGCUCGGCGGCCGGGUCUCGCGGACCACCGAGCCAGUCACUGCGACCACGGACGAGCAGGGCGUCCAGCAGACGACGUACACGCUGACCACCAAGACGACGCCGUUCUUCGACAUGACGCAGGGUUUCGUCUACAACGUGCAGAGCCUCGCGAUGAUCAUGUCGCCCAUCUGCAUGGCCCUCGGCGUGUACCUGUCGAUCACCGCCCACAACGAGAUCCAGCGCCACGCGCCGGCCCUCUUCGAAGACGACUUCGGCGCGGACUUCAGGGCCCAGAACGUGGCGGCGGUGGCCGGCGCUGUAGGCGCGGGCGUUCCUCCGCCGGCGCGGGCCAACUCAGGCGCUGGCGCCACGCUGCGGGCCAACGGCGGCUCCGCUGGCAGCUCCGGACGCUCUGGACCCACGCCGCGUGAUACGUUCGAGCAUUUCCAGGGCCAGGGGUACAAGCUGUGA